UCUUUUGAAACAAACGGUGACAGACCGUCGAGAUAAGGAUCUGGGUAGAUGCAAAGGCUGGUGUGAGAGAAGGUUAAAUAGUGACUUAAAUUAUAAAGAGAGAGAGGACAUUUGAGAGACUAAAAUAUUACUCUCACAGGAGGAGGAAAGGUAACGGAACGCGUGCAAAGGCGAAUAGAAAAUAAAACCACAAAGCUAAGCUGUCAAAAAUCCAGAAUAAAAUAUCCAAACACAAAAGUUUAUAAAAACAAUAAUUUUCCAACAUUUAAAAAGUAAUUGCAUUGUUAAUUACUGAAAUAUGGAUCGCAAAAUCCCUGAUUUCUCUGGAACUUGGAAAAUGAAAAGUUCGGAAAACUUCGAGGAGCUUCUGAAAGCACUGGGGGUGAACGUGAUGCUGAGGAAGAUCGCCGUGGCAGCCGCCUCCAAGCCAUCGGUGGAGAUCACCCAAGACGGGGAGCACCUGUCCAUCCGGACCUCCACCUCUGUCCGGACCACCCACGUCUCCUUCACAGUGGGGGAGUCCUUUAAUGAGACCACUGUGGACGGCCGCCCCUGCACGAGUUUUCCUCGUUGGGAGACAGACAGUAAAAUCAGCUGUGAGCAGACCCUGCAGAAGGGGGAAGGCCCCAAGACCUCAUGGACCCGUGAGAUAACCAAUGACGGGGAGCUCAUCUUGACAAUGACUGCUGAUGACGUGGUCUGCACCCGGGUCUACGUACGAGAGUGAAAGACAAAAUCAUCCCUCCAUCCUCCUCUCUCCUUCUCACUAUGCCACUUCACCCAUCAGCUUUGGGUACAGCUGCCUACUAUUGGGAUGAUGCCUGUAGUCUGUUGCUUAGUCAGUCAGUGUGUCAGUCAGUCAGUAAGACAGUGAUUAAGUGUCAGUCACUUUGUGCAUGUACCUUGCUGUCGCUCUUGUUUCAAAGUGUCAGUCAGCUUUUGAAUGUUUCAGUCAGUUGGUCCAUGUAUCAGUGUGUAGGAGUGUCAGUCAGUUUUUGCAUGUAUCAGUCAGUUGGUAAGUGCAUGUUAUCUGUUGGUCAGUCACUUAUCUGCCAUUCAGUAAGCCUGUUUGUCAGAGUGUCAGUGUGGUGAUCAGUUUGUGAGUGCAUCUGUAGUCCUCUCAGUGCCUGUGAGUUAGUCCGUGUGAGAGUCAGUCAGUUAGGCUUUGUGUCAAUGUCUCUGCCCUUUCCUUUCUAGAUUUUUUAUUUAUUAUACUAGUAUCUACUCUUGUAUGUUUUCUACUUUGUGUUUCUUUUAUAUAAAAUGUGGUUUUAGAAAAUAAC